AUGGUUCAACGAAGAGAAGGGUUCGGGUUCAUCACCGGCGACGCCGACGCCAAGGACUACUUCGUUCACUUCUCCUCCAUCAAGACCACCGGCUUUAGCGCCCUCUCCGAGGGCCAGCGUGUGGAGUUCACUGCCGCCUCCGGGGAUGAUGGCAAGCCCCUGGCCCUUGAUGUCACCGUCCUCGCCGGCGACGACGGUGCUUGGGAGAUGGAGAAGUUGGCAAAAGUCAAGAAGCAGUAA